UCUGAGGCCUACAUUGAAAUGUUUGAACAGCCCAGGCAAAGGGGCAUGCGUUUCAGAUACAAAUGUGAGGGAAGAUCGGCGGGCAGCAUUCCAGGAGAACACAGUACUGAAAACAAUAAGACCUUCCCUUCCAUACAGAUUCUGAACUAUUUUGGGAAAGUCAAAAUAAGAACUACAUUGGUAACGAAGAACGAACCCUACAAGCCACACCCUCAUGAUCUGGUUGGAAAAGACUGCAGAGAUGGCUACUACGAAGCAGAGUUUGGGCCAGAACGGCGAGUCCUGUCUUUUCAGAAUUUGGGCAUUCAGUGUGUGAAGAAGAAAGACCUGAAAGAAUCGAUUUCUUCACGAAUCUUGAAGAAGAUUAACCCUUUCAAUGUGCCUGAAGAACAGCUGCACAACAUUGAUGAGUACGAUCUCAAUGUCGUCCGCCUCUGCUUCCAAGCUUUCCUCCCCGACGAACAUGGCAACUACACGAUAGCCCUUCCUCCUUUGAUUUCCAACCCAAUCUAUGACAACAGAGCUCCCAACACAGCAGAAUUAAGAAUUUGUCGCGUGAACAAGAACUGCGGAAGCGUAAAAGGAGGAGACGAAAUAUUUCUACUGUGUGACAAGGUUCAAAAAGAUGAUAUCGAAGUCAGAUUUGUCUUGGACAACUGGGAAGCCAAAGGUUCCUUCUCACAAGCCGAUGUUCACCGUCAAGUUGCAAUCGUGUUCAGAACGCCACCGUUUCUCAAAGACAUCACCGAGCCCGUCACGGUGAAGAUGCAGCUGCGAAGACCUUCAGACCAGGAAGUCAGCGAACCUAUGGAUUUCAGAUACCUACCAGAUGAAAAGGAUCCAUAUGGCAACAAAGCAAAAAGGCAGAGAUCAACGUUGGCUUGGCAAAAGCUCAUACAGGACUGUGGAUCAAACGCGACAGAGAGGCCCAAAGCAGCUCCGUUCCCCACUGUCACCUUUCCUGAAGGGAAGCCGAUUAAGAAAGAACCAAAUGUGUUUCCAUCCACGCUGAUGAUGCCGGGGCUAGGAGCCCUAGCCAACACUAGCCAGAACUACACUGUCUGCAACCAGCUUCCCCAUCAGCCCGCACAGGUGGGGCCGGGGAAGCAAGACCCCCUCUCCUCAUGCUGGCAGCUGUACAGCACCCCCUCGUCAGCCAGCAGCCUGCUCAACACGCACCCCCAGAACAGCUUUGCGGCAGACGUGUCGCAGACUGCUGCUCCGGGCAGCAGCACGCUCUCAUCGUUCCACGACACCCCUCUGAACUGGCCUGACGAGAAGGAUUCGGGCUUCUACCAGAAUUUUGGCAGCACGAAUGGGAUGGGCGCAGCAGCGGGGCCGACUGUAGACAUGCAGAGUGUUUCUAGUAACAGCAUCACGCACCAAGCUCCUGCCAGCACCUCCGCAGCUGGCAUCGUCAACAUGGAGACGGAUGACAUGAACUGCACUAGUAUAAACUUCAAAAAGUAUAAUCCGGUGUUAAAUGCAACCAAUCACAGGCAGCAGCUCCAUCAGGUGCCUCCAGCUUGCCCGUCGGUAGCAGCCCCGGGCAGCACGCCUUUUAAUUCCCAGUCUAGCUUUGCCAAUCCAGCAGUUUUUGGUUUUCUAGACCAAGAAAGUUUAAGUGAAUCAAGACUACCCACCAACCCCAUCCCAAACCAUCAGAAUAGCAUUGCAGAUAACCAGUACUAUGACACUGAUGGUGUCCACACCGAUGAUCUCUAUCAGUCUUUCCAAUUUGAUAGCAUAUUACAAAGCUAUAACCAUUGAGCCAGCAGCGUCGGGCUGGAUGCGGGUACGUAGAGCUUUUCAGCUGGCUGGCUGGAUGAAGAGGAGUAACUUGCCCUUCUGGAGUCCCUGCUUUCUCUUUCAGAAUGUUACUAUGCAAGUUUCACGAUAUAACUUAAGGUUAUAUAUUAACAGCCCAAAGACUGGUGCCCGUAAAGGAGAGGUGGGAGUAGGGUUUGGGAUUCUGUACCUUCAAAGUACCUUGUACACAUAUUUUUACGCUGUUGGAAAAGGGAACUGUUAACACUUAAAUCUUCCUUACCUUUGGGGACUGUAAAAGCUGGCAUCUUCAGAAGGGUUAAAAUUUCACAGACUUCACAGUGUUAGAAAUGUUUGAAAAAUAACCAUUUUUGCUAUGGAAAUUAAAUGUAAAUGUUGAUAGGACAGAAGUUAGGGGGAAAAAAACCCAAACAAACCUGCACGUGGGCACUCUAGUUCAGACUCGCUAACAAUGUUAAAGUUUGACUUCACUUACUUGAAAGGUUUAGGUUUCUUAGCCUCCUUCAUAUAAAAUAUUCUUCUCCUAAAACAAGACCAUGCAUUGAUUUUUCACAUUUUUCACCUCACUCCAUUUGCUUCGAAGGCAAAUUUACUCUAAAAUUUUUUUAAUGACUAUGUCAUUGUUAGAUAUAUUUUAAAAGACCGGAAGGUUUGAGUUUUUUUUAAGUAGUCCAGCUCUGUUGUAAAUGACUCACUGCACAAAAGCACGAACAGUACCUAAGGACUUUGCUGCACUUCAUCCAAAGUGCACUCUUUUUUUAAAAGCCAUAGCCCUGUUUCUUUAGGAAUGGAGCUUGCUCUUACUUCUCCAGAAGUGUUUUGUGUGUGUGUGUGUGUGCGCGUGUGUGUAGCUGUGACGUCUAUGUUGUUUCGAGCUGCAGAAAUACAUUGACCCAAAGCGUCUCCCUGUUCUCAGGUAUCCCAGCAGUUUCCUGCUAUGCAAGUGACUGCUUAAAAGGUGGCGCUCAGAUCCUGCCUCCCCACCACCCCCUCCCAAAAAACGCUUUGGGGCAAAGCUGGAGGCAGGCUUAGUCAUCUAGAUGCACUCUAUUAAUGACUUAAGGCCAUUUCAGUCAGUACUAAUUAAAAACACUCCUCUCUGCUCUGUAUCAGAAACCAGAACUCCUUCCCUUCCGCUUCCUUCCCAGACUUCAUUCUUAGCCCGAGUUGCGAGAUGUUCAGUGACAACUCGCAUGGGUGGAACUAGCUAGGUAAGACACUCUGCAUUAUAGGGCUUUGCUAUUUUAUUAUUAUUAUUAUUACUACUACUACUAUUUUUUAAGAAGCAAUACAGCAGGAAAUAGAUGAGUAUUUCUUAAGUUAUAUGGCUGUUUUGUAUGGCAGAUAAGGCUUAAGAAUCUUACUUGUUACUGUUUGGCAACUUAAAACUGCACCAUGGAAAGAAGCCAUUAAAAAAAGCAUACUCUGAUAAAAUAAAAACCAAAAAACACAACCCCAAAUCAGAAAAGCCACUCAAGAGAGAGAGUUGUAUGCCAGGCAGAAAGGAACUCCAAAAAAAAGCCCUCUGUGGUUUAUAGGCAAGCAACGACUCCUUAACUGCAGCCGUUCCUUGCAUUGGAAGCAAGAAGGUGCUGCUGCUGUAAUGCAUUACACAGUUACAUGCGUUUAACACAAUACCCGCCUUAGCUGAUGUGUAGGAUAUAUGAGGUUUGGAGAACUGCUUCCCCCAACUGCAGGUGCACAACUCUCCACGUUUUUAAAGCAGUUUUUCCUCACUUCAGCAUAGAUCCUCUGCAGUCUUAAGUAAUGGCAAGACCAAAGACAGACGAAGAAAGCUUGAAAUGUGUUGUUUAUUCAGUUUUUUUUUUUGAAGUUCUCAAUUUUAAGUAUUGAAAUGUAAACAUUUUAUUCCGUAGAAAGCUCUUCAUAGUACAACUUGUUUUUAGUGUAUAAUUAAAUUUUUUCAAAGUUCUGUUUUCCUUUGUAAAUGAGUUGGUUUGGUAAUUAAAAAAAAACCCCCUGGUUAUACUAAGUACUUGGCUUCUGCAGCCUUCUCAGAGUCCUUGCCGCGGGAAAGCCAGAGAAAUGGGAGAAGGUAGGUUCUGGGUUGCUUAUCCUGGGGCUUUUCAGAGGAUAUUCUGCUCACGGUUACUGCUGGCCACCACAUGACCUGAACACAAGGAUUCAUCUGCACUCGGCAACUUUUUUUUUGUGGUGCAGCAAUUGACAUUUUAGUUGGAGGAGUGGAGGGCAGAUGCUUUGAUGCUCAGCUAGAGUUGUGCUUACUGCUGCAGCUUGCUCCAGCUGAGCUGAUGCCAAAUAAAAAUGGGGAGGGGGGAGGGGACAUUGUAUGCAGCCAGUUGUCUGGGGAAAU